AUGCGCGUCACUCGUCGCAGGAGGUCCUCCUUGGCCAUCGGCCUCGCACCGGUCAAGCCAGGCAAUUACGGUAUUUCGUCCCCAUCCCCGCGCAACGUCACCUUUGCGCCGAACGUGACUCCAGGGACAUAUGUCGAGCCUGAGGGCGACCAAAUUGACGAGCUGGACGCCGCGUCAGCUACAAAUACACUCUUUCCCCCGUCUGAGACACCUUCGCCAUCGACAUCGCGUAGACGUGAGCCUGCGGGCAGGCGACGCUCGCAGGGCUAUAUCCCGCGUCCUGCGAACGCGUUCAUGCUUUUCCGUGCGGACUUCGUUCGCCAGAAACACGUCCCAGGCUCGAUUGAGACGAGCCACAACUCCCUCUCGAAAAUCAUCGGCAACUGUUGGCAUGCUCUUCCGCUCGAAGACAAGAAGAUUUGGCAGACCCUUGCCAAGAAGGAGAAGGCGGAGCACCGCCUGCGAUACCCCGACUAUCGCUUCCGCCCUGUGCACAACAAAGAGAAAAAAGCCGCGAAGAAGCAGGCCAAGGCGCCGGUUUCGCUCUCUGACGAGCGCCGGUGCGAAGAGAUCGCAGCGUUCAUGCUCGAUGGCAAGAAGGGUGACGCGCUCGUAGAGGCUGUGCGUCAGUACGAUAUGCUGCGCGAACGCACUGAAACGCUUAGUCCGGAGCCCCAACUGGGCCUCUAUCAGCCUUCGCAGAUACACGCUCCCCAGCCAAUGUAUCCUCACCGCAGGUCGUCAUCCGUUCCACCGCCCACCGCGCUCUACAACCCUAUCACUCUCCCUUCUGUGCCGUUCCUCGUCGGCGCCAGUGCCUUCCAAAUGGGUGGUUCGCGUGGUGUAUCCCCAGUCAACAGUAUUUCGCGCACGAUCUUGGGCCAGCGCCGUGCAUCGAGCGCACAGCCGAUGCAGUCGCGUCCGUGGUCGAUGGAUAUGUCGUUCGCCGGACAGGGGACACCGGAGGCGUGGCAGCUCCAGCGCGACUGGGAGCCGCUGCCCGCUGUAAACACCAGUCUCUUCCAACCAACAUACUUGAACGGGAACGGACACGAAGCGUUCGGCUUCGGCGCACCCUCCGGCACGCCCUCGUUGCACGAAGAGAGCAACGACAUCUUCAACUUCAACGGCUUCUCGAACACUCUUUCGCAGCCUGUCCAUGACCUUUCUCUCAGCAUCUCUCCCCUGGAGAACAUUCCUCCGCAUGCGCCCCUGAGUCCCUUCUCCGAGGCCUCGUCCGCGAACGCCGCUACCCCCUACUCGGCCUGCUCCUACUCCUCCGACGAGACCCUAGGCCCGCUGGAUCCCUCGCGAUGGGUCCCCGACUCCGGGUCCUCGACCGCAUUCUCCGGCUCCCCCGCCCAAUCCGACGCGCCGCUCCCCGGCAUGAGCAACCUGUCACCGGAGCCCGCCGUAUUCGCUCCGCUGGCGAUGCACUCCCCCCCGUUCGUGUCCUGGGAGCAGCAGCUGCAGACCGCGCUCGACGCAGAGCAGCAACAGCAGCACAUGAUGCACGAGCAGAACUAUGCGCUCGAGCCCGGGUGCGCCGGCGGGAUGGAGAUGCCGCUCGACAUGGAGCACUUCGAGUUCGAGUACGAGCAGGGAGUGUACCCGCCGGGCUGCGCGGGCCCUGACCCCGCCGUCGGCGGCGAGAUGUUCGGGUUCGCGGACCCCAUGCAGACGCUGGAGGGAUACUAG